ACAUCCAACUCCCCUGUGUAUAUAUCGCCGCCCCGUCCUCUGAAUCUUCCAUCCCAAGUACACAGGUGCCUUGAGCAACGAGACCGUCAGACCGACAUUGGCAAUGGCAUCCUCAGGCGCGUUCAUGGUAGCGGCGGUGCUCGGGCUGGUGCUCAUCUCGGCGCCGGCGGCGCGGGCGUGGAGCGCCGAGGGGCACAUGCUCACCUGCCAGAUCGCGCAGGAUUUGCUGGAGCCUGCGGCGGCGCAGGCGGUGAAGAACCUUCUGCCGGAGGAGGCGGGCGGGGACCUGUCGGCGAUGUGCGUGUGGCCGGACCAGGUGAGGCACUGGUACAAGUACCGGUGGACCAGCCCGCUGCACUUCAUCGACACCCCCGACAAGGCCUGCACCUUCGACUACGCCAGGGACUGCCAUGACCCCAGCGGCGCCAAGGACAUGUGCGUCGCCGGCGCCGUCGCCAACUUCACCUCGCAGCUCAUGCACUACAAGCAAGGCAGCGCCGACCGCAAGUAUAACCUGACGGAAGCCCUGCUAUUCCUGUCACACUUCAUGGGAGAUAUUCACCAGCCCAUGCAUGUGGGGUUCACGAGCGACAUGGGGGGCAACUCGGUGAACCUACGCUGGUUCAAACACAAGUCCAACCUCCACCAUGUAUGGGACAGGGAGAUAAUACUCACCGUGCUCGCCGAGCGCUACGGCAAGGACAUAGCCGCCUUCCGCCAGGACCUCCAGCACAACAUCACCAAAGGAUCGUGGUCCGACGAGUCAUCGUGGAAAGAUUGCGCGGACAUCAUGUCCUGCCCGACCAAGUAUGCAACGGAGAGCAUAGGGUUGGCCUGCAAGUGGGGCUACGACGGCGUCCACGACGGAGACACACUGUCCGAGGAAUACUUCGCUUCGAGGCUCCCGAUCGUGACGCGGCGGAUCGCGCAGGGGGGAGUGAGGCUGGCCAUGUUCCUCAACCGGGCCUUCGGAGACCACAAGGCCCACAGCAGCGGCGACGUCGCCGCGCCAGUGAACUUGGCCGUCGCUCAUGAUGAUGAGCUCUAGCACAGCGUUAUGUGACAACCGUUGCAUCACUUUGCAUGGAAACUACUGCUAACUUGUAUGGAAAUGAUUACUUGUCCAAAGAUGUAGACAGAUGAUCACUGAAUAAUUGGAUGCGGUGUGAAGAGCUAGCACCUGCAUACAUGUCCAAAGAUGCAGACAUUUGUUUGGAUGUAGUACUACCACAAAUUCACUUGUCUUCUUUUCACCUUUGCAAUUAUUUAGUUGCCUGGAUCAACAUCAAUACAUUUGCCACGGCAAGGCAAGACUUUGUCUACACUAUACACACAUCAGUAUACUUGUCACGGCAUGAAAAA